GCCCAUUAACAGUGAUGCAGGAAUCUGCUUCGAAACGGUCAAAUUUUGCUGCUGCCCUGCCUAAAUUUAGUUUCCUUUUAUUGUUCGCAACUAUGUUUCUCACCGCAGCCAUGGUGAUUUUCUUUCUCGUUCUCCCCUCCGAAGAAAAGAACAAAGAUUUUUAUAGUUUUAAAACAGUAAACAUCAGAGGCAAGUUAAUUUCACUGGAGAAGUACAGAGGGUCGGUUUCAUUAGUUGUUAAUGUCGCCAGUGAGUGUGGCUUCACAGAAGAUCACUACAAAGACCUCCAGCAGUUGCAACGGGAAUUGGGGCCAAUGCAUUUCAAUGUCCUCGGAUUCCCCUGUAACCAAUUUGGGAAUCAAGAGCCGGGAACUGACCAAGACAUUGAGAAGUUUGUUCGCAAAACCUAUGGAGUUUCCUUCCCGUUGUUCAGUAAGAUUGCUGUCAAAGGCACUGGAGCAAAUGCAGCAUUCAAAUAUUUGAUAGACUCCAUUGGUAAGGAGCCAGACUGGAAUUUCUGGAAGUAUCUUGUGGAUCCAAAUGGUAAGGUGGUCAAUGCUUGGCCACCUAAUGUUUCAGUUGUAGAAAUAAAGCCACAAAUUGUAUCGCUAGUGAGACAACUCAUAGUGAAACGCAAAGAAGAAUUGUAACCUGACCCUGAAUUAAUGUUCUAUAAUUCAAUUGCACAUUCAAUUGGUCAAUAGUUUGUGUUUUAAGUUUUGUUUUGUGAAGCCCAUUAAUUUGUAUGAACCAUAAUAUUGUGUUUUUCUCAAAUGCAAGAAAAAAGCCAAUUCAACCACUAUUUAUACAGUGUUACAAUUUACCUGUCUUUUUUAAGAAAAACAUAUGUUUAACUUCAGUAGUGCAAACACGAGAAAAUCUGCAGAUGCUGGAAAUCCAAGCAACACACACAAAAUGCUGGUGAACGCAGCAGGCCAGGCAGCAUCUAUAGGAAGAAGUACAGUCGACGUUUCGGGCGGAGACCCUUUGUCAGUACUUCUUCCUAUAGAUGCUGCUUGGCUUGAUGUGUUCCACCAGCAUUUUGUGUGUGCUGCUUUAACUUCAAUAGUUCCAUAUGAAAUUUACACAAGUUUUGUUUAUUGUGCUGAGGAAAUGAGCAGAAUUCAUGGAAGUUCUAAAAAAAAAUAAUUACAGGUUAAAACUCAUUAUGUCAUACCAGUUCUUCAAUAUUAGGAAAAAUGGGCCCAUUUCUCCAUUCCUAAGGGGUAAUUUUAAUUUGGAAUUUAAAAUUACAAUUUUGAUUUUAAGGGAAUAGGACAAGGGAAUAGGCUGAGCACUACAUGUGAUUUUAACAUCAGUCCUUUUCAAUUGACAGUGUGAAUCAGAUGGAAAGGGCUAUUUAGGUGAUGGGUGGCAGUGGAAGUCUUAAGGUACCCUGGAGGUUCAGCCCGAUCUGUUGAGAGAGUGGACAGUCUACGGCAAGGUAGACCUCACUUUUUCUUUUAUGAUCUUUAAAAGUCUUCCAGUUUCUUUUGGCCCCAUAGGGAGUUUUAUUUUAAACACUUCUCUUCUUGUUGUACAUACUCACGCACCCACUAAAGGUCAUAUUUAAAGUUCCAUUUGAGGCCUGAUUUGGUACUUUUACUCUUUGGUUAAAAUCUGGAUUGAACAGAGACAAAACCACUGUUUAGUCACACAAUCGGUAAGCAAUUUUAUUGCCUAGGAAUGGAAGUGUAGGGUUAAAAAAUGCUUUUCAUCUACACUCCAUCUUCCUGUUAGUGCAUGAUAAAUGUGAAGAGUAGAAGUGAUGCUUUUUUUUGGGAGGAGAACACAUGUUAAGGAGAUGCCCAACAUCAAUUUUAUUUAAUUGUGUGGCAUAGUAGUGUUAUGGUUGGACUGCUCUAAGGCAGGGAAGAAUAAUUAUUUUUACUUACAAUCAUACUUGUGUCUCUCCCGCGACUGGAUGUAAUUAACAAAAUUUUGCGGUUCAAAUUCUUAGCUUGUGAGAGAAAAUUUAUCAUUUGUGGAUUAACAAUUUCCUUUAAAGUUUAUAGUAGAUGGGUUUUUGUUCCCCUUUUCUAAUGCAACAGCCUUUAACCUCCAGGAAGAUAACCUCUGCUCUGCUCUUACUAAAGAGGACAGGGAAUGGAUGUAGAAAAGUAGGGCAUGCCUUCGAUUUUCCGUUCAUUUGGGACCCUCCACAAAAAUAUAACCCAGACUGAAAUAACUAUUGAACCAUACUAUUGUUUUAAAUUAUAUUACACCAUAGAAAAAAAUCUUAUUUGUGAUGCAGCAUGUUCAAUGCAUUUUUUAAACCAAUUUCCCAGAAAUAUUGUGUCAUGUAUUACUAGGUCAAAGGUUAGUUUCCUAUUGGAUCUGUUUUUGCUUUCAUAUUGGUGCUGCUUUAUGACAGUGUUCUUAAUGAUAAGGUUUCCUGCAAUUCUCCAGUUCUGCUGAAUGGGUACCUGAGGAAACUGUUCAAUGAAUACAUGGAAUAAAAUUUUGUAUCACUUCAAAUUCAUAUUGCCUCAUUCGUAAGUGUACAGUAGGUCAUAGUUACAAUCUCCUCUCUAUCCACGCUUCAUUGUAGCUCAGAUCAGAAAUUGGUAUCUCCUAUUCUAUCCAGCAUGGACAAUUUUAUUUGUUCAACUAGAUGACAGGCACUGGUAUGUGACAAAUGAUUAGAGAUUAGUGUUUUUUUUUGUGUAAUCAUUUUUAAUUAUUGGAGUAACAAACUUAAUGGUAUUAUGCUAUAAACAUUUCCAUUUUUGUUCUUUACAACAGUGAAUUUUACAGUAAACUGAAACAGACAUGACAAACUAAAAGCUAAACUAGAAAGUACGUUAUUAUAUAUGACUUCCAUUUUCUAUAAAGUGAAGAAAAAUAAACCUUUUGCCAAGAGAAAACGUUUUUUUUUAAAGAUCAUCUAUACUAAACGGUGUUUUGGAAAUGAAGAUAAGGGCUUUCUGAAUAGAGAAAAUUAUUCAGCCUACUCUCUGAGUGGACCAUCAAGCACCUAUUUGCACUAAAUCUACAUCACACUAAAUUUAUGUGAUCCCCACCUCUCCUGAGAUUCUGCUGCUCAUGGACUAGAGGCAAUUUAUAGUGACAAUUAACUUAUCAACCCACACGUCUGUGGGAUAUGUGAGGAAAGUCGAGAACCUGGAGGAAAUGCACAUGGUCACGGGGGAAUGUGCAAACUUUACGCAGCACCAGAGAUCGGUGUUGAAACUGGAUCACUGGAGAUGUGAGACAGCAGCACCAUUAACUGUGCCACUACUAUAGCACUGACUUCUUGACCCUUGUCAAACAAUAUUAUUUUCCUGGCAUAUAACCUGUUAUAAAUUCUUAAUUACGUUUGUGCUUAAUUGUACCUUGCUGUCUCCCAUCCUUAUGCCAUGUCUCAGGUUGUUCUCUGGGCCGCUAUCACAAAAUUUAGUUCUGUUCUGAUGACGUAAAUGAGGAUCAGGAGAUAGGGUGGCUCUUGUCUCAAGACCUUGUCUCUGAUAUUGAUGGUUCCAGUUCCUCUUAAAGCUUCUGGGUAUUCUCUUCAUCUUCCAGCAUUCAUAGGUACAGUAAAACUCUCGACAAUCUGACACUCGUGACAUUGAUCGGCAGUAUUGGACAUUGUUCCAACUAACACGGUCAGUGCCUUUUCAUAUGUUACAUAGUAGAAUGAUAAAUGUUCUAAGGAACCUGGUAAUUUUGAAGGGAGCAACAACCCAUCUGCUGAAGGAACUGAGUGGGUUGAACAGCGUCUCUGGGGUGAAAAAAAUUGUCACCAUCUUCAUUUGAAACUCUGCCUCUGGACACAAUUCAGUUCCAUUAUCCCCACAGGUGCUGCUCAACCUGUGGCAUUCCUCCAGCAUAUUGUUGGUCCAGGUCCCAAUAUUUCCAGUCUUUUGUGCCUCCUUGUUUCAAAGGGAUUUUGGAGCCAGGGACCCAGUGAACAGGAAGGGAGCGGGGGGAAUGGGGGAGUUGGAGUGAAGUGCAGCAACAUCACCUAAUGAGCCCGUUGAUGAACCAUCAGGGUUUCUGAGUAGUUGGAGAGCAGACUAUCAAUUUUACUUAGGAUAUAACAAAGAUCACUGCAGUCCACUCUGCUGAAGUAAGACACCAACUAUGAUCUUCAUGAAUAACAGAGCAAGUUUUUAAAGCUCAGGAGGUCUCUGCCUGCUCCUUUUUCUUAUAUUUUCAUGGAAGCAGGAAUUGGCAUUUUAAUCCUUUAUAGUUGCUCUCUUUAUCAUUAAAAUCUUUUAACUUUGCUCCACUAACUUCAUAUCCCUUAAUAUUUAAACACCUGGUGAGCUCUGUAUUGAAUAUACUUAACCUUUGUGCUGUCGGAGAUGAUGCCUCCUGCUUCUUCCUACCCACGUACCAGGAAAUUUCAAUCCUAUAUCCACCCUAUCAAAUCCCAUAGGAGCUUUCUAUAUUUUAAUUCUUUCAAACUCGGGCCUAGCUCUUGUCUGUUUAAAUAUCUGCUCUUAGAACAUAUGGUGGUUCACUUUUAAGUGUGUUUCGGAUGGUCUAGAAAAGUGAUGGUGUCCUUGUGACCUUGUUCUUAGUAAAGAUCACAGGUUUGACAAGCCUGUUGAAGUAGCCUUGGGUUGUAAUUAUAGUUCAUUUUGUGUAUGAUACGAACCUGCAGACCUGGUGUAUUGCCAAUGGAUCCUGGAGAAAAGGAGGAAGUUACAAAGGUUGUGGGGUCAAGACUGAAGGGUGCUAAAUUGCCUUGAUUUUGGAAUAACAAUUAGGCAUCUGAUCUGUAGAUUUUUGGUCACUUAAUAAUAAUGUAGAAAGAUAAAAAAGAAAGAAUUCAAAGAGAAUAUUUUUGGAUUGGCCUGGUGUUAGUUUCUCAUUAUCAGAACCAUAUUACCGAU